AUGAUUAAAUCACGUAGUCUCAACUUCCCGUGCUCUCAAACUCAACGUAUCAGCUGUUCGGGCAGUGUUGAUGAGAUUCGAGCACUAAUUCACACCACCCGAUCGUCUCAUUGGGAACCGCCUUGGGCAUCGUGGCGAUGUCGACUCGGUUUGCCUUACGGUUGGGAGCAAGCCAGAGAUGAUGCCGGCAACGUGUACUAUAUCGAUCACAUCAACCGAACCACAACCUAUAAUGAUCCUCGAGACACGGCUGCUCCUGAAGGACCACGAACGGUGAAACUUCAGCGACGACCUGAGAUAGGGUACGGAUUCGUGGCUGCUGGCCAACAUCCGACUAUUAUCCAGUUCGUCUCAACCGAAGGUCCAUCGGAUGGUUUGCUUUUUGCAAAUGAUCAAAUUCUCGCGGUGAAUGGUCAGGAUGUCCGGCACGAGUCCAAGGACAAUGUAGUAGCGUUGGUUCGGUCUGCCACUGAUGUGCUAGAGCUUACCGUCGAACAACUGCCUUCUCGACCGGUCAGUUUGUCCACGUUAUACGGUAAUUCCGGAAAGGGAGAUACAACUCCUGAUUUUCCUCCACCAUUGCCAAAUGCCCUACGUGUAUAUCUGGAAAACGGUCAAACAAGGUCUUUCAGAUACGAUGAUUCAACUACAGUCAAGGAUGUUUUAAACUCGAUCGUCUCGAAGCUGCAACUUCGGGCAAAACAGCAUUUCGCUCUAGCUGUCGAAUAUUCUUUAGGUGCCCGAUCGAGUCGGGUCAGUUUAUUGAGGCCUGAGAUGAAGAUUAGCACGAUAGUCGGAAUGCCAAAUUCGGACCAUAUACGAUGUGUUUUUCGUUUCGCUUUCAUUCCGAAGAAUGUCGAAGCUCUAUGGACGGAAGAUCCACGAGCCCUUGACUACUACUACCAGCAGUGUACUGCUGAUGUAGUUCGAGGGAGAUAUGCGUUCGAAAUGAGGUAUGAGGCCUGUGUUCGGUUAGCAGCCCUUCAUAUGCAACAAGUUGCCAUCGAGUCUAACUUGCUCAAGGAGAACAACACCGUCUCAUUGACCAGAUUGGAAUCUGAGUACGGUUUGCAUUCGUUUCUGCCAUCGAUUCUUCUGGAAAACGUAAAACGACGAGAGAUCCACAAACACGUUCGUUACUAUCUGAGAAGGGACAGCGUGAAGUUAGCAGAAGGCCUACUAAAACAAGGCAGGCGAUGUGACGAGCAAUCUUUUCUCUCAUUACGGGUAUCCGAUGCAUCGGUUUCAUUACGUGUACGUUAUUUGGAUUUGCUCUCACACUUGCCGUCAUUUGGUGGACGUGGUUUCUCCGUAACCUUCAAGGAAAGCCAGAUCGAUAUGAUUAUGCAGAUCGAUCCUCAUAUAGGGCUGCUCGUACGGCAUCCGGGUAAAACGGGUAGGCCGACGAUAUCGAUUGAUUACGAUCUUAUCGAUCGAUUGGUAGUUCGAAGGGAUUCGGAAAUUUCAUCGUUGAUCAGCAUUCGACUGAAAAGCAGUCCUGAUCAGGGCCUGGAAUUUCUCGUGGAUAAAGAUGAUAUUGAUGACCUUGUUGGCUACAUUCGUGGUUACCAUUUCCUGCACUGCGACCGACAACUCGACUGUGACUUUGACGAAAGCUUACCACCUCAAAUACAACCGCCAACUGAUCCUCCGCCCUACUCAGCUGUUCACAAAGUGAUUCCAUGUGGAUGGAACUAUUCAAGUGACAUUACCUCGAGCGAUCAGGUGAGAAAACUGUCCCAGUAA